UGCGCUCUCCACUCCCCCCCCCCGCCACGCUCAACCAACGGUCGCCGCGAUGCCGCUGCAGUUCGAACUGUGCCCGGGCCGGCCAAUCGGCGGGGACCACCCCUGCUUCAUUAUCGCGGAGAUUGGCCAGAACCAUCAGGGGGACCUGGAGACCGCCAAGCGGAUGAUCCGAGUGGCUAAGGAAUGCGGAGCAGAUUGUGCCAAGUUUCAGAAAAGUGAACUAGAGCACAAAUUCAAUAAGCGAGCCUUGGAGAGGCCAUACACUUCCAAACACUCUUGGGGGAAAACUUAUGGAGAGCACAAGCGCCACCUGGAGUUCAGCCAUGAUCAGUAUCGAGAGUUGCAGCGAUAUGCAAAGGAGAUUGGCAUUUUCUUCACAGCAUCAGGCAUGGAUGAGAUGGCUGUAGAGUUUCUGCAUGAUCUGGAUGUUCCAUUUUUUAAAGUCGGAUCAGGAGACACUAACAAUUUCCCAUACCUGGAAAAGACAGCCAAAAAAGGUCGCCCGAUGGUGAUUUCGAGCGGGAUGCAGUCAAUGAACACAAUGCAACAAGUUUACAAGCUGGUGAAACCCAUUAACCCGAACUUCUGUUUCCUCCAGUGCACCAGUGCUUACCCUCUUCAGCCUGAAGAUGUCAACCUUCGUGUCAUAACGGAAUAUCAGUCUGUCUUCCCAGAUAUUCCUAUUGGCUACUCUGGUCAUGAGACUGGGACAGCCAUUUCCAUUGCAGCAGUUGCUAUGGGUGCAAAAGUCCUUGAGCGCCACAUUACACUGGACAAAACCUGGAAAGGCAGUGAUCAUCAAGCAUCCCUGGAGCCAAAAGAACUGGCAGAACUAGUGAGAAGCAUCCGGAUGGUGGAGAAAGCCAUGGGGUCCCCAGUCAAGCGGCUCCUGUCUUGUGAAGUGGCUUGCAAUGAAAAGUUGGGAAAAUCUGUAGUGGCCAAAGUCCGGAUUCCUGAAGGUACCACACUUACGCUAGAUAUGCUCACGGUAAAAGUGGGGGAACCCAAAGGAUACCCGCCAGAAGACAUCUUCGACUUGGUUGGCAAGAAGGUCAGGAUAAAUAUUGGUGAAGAUGAAACCAUCGUCGAAGAUGCCAUUGAAAACCAUGUGAAAAAAGUGAAAUGCUAAUUUGUGACUAUUUUGUGAAAUGGGACCUUGGGAAGAAGCACUGUGGUAACAUACUAAAACCAGAAUGUGCUGAAGUUCAAAUGAAGGGUUUUGGGGAAGGGAACCACAAUGUGAUUUUUUUCUUGUGGGUAGGCUAAAAUGUCAAUACAAUUCAGUGUAGUACUUCUUGA